UUAUUACAUAAUGGCCCUGUCAGACGACAUUAAGAGCAGUUUACAAAUAUUAAAUAAUUCGAAUCUGAUAUCUGAUCAAACUUACAAGAAAUUGUUGGAAAUUACAUUCCUAGACCUUCUUUACACAAAAACAAGUGAUGUAAAGUCAUUGUAUGGAGCAAAGGCUGAUGUUAUCAAAGAGGUUCAUGCAGCUAUUCUAAAAACAUUGCUGUUUUUAGCUCAAACUGAUACUACAAAGGAAAAGGCCUAUUUAUUGCUUACAAAAGACUGUAAAAUUGGAACAAACAGAAGUAAGCUAUUAGCUGAAGCAUAUGACACACACAAAUUGCAUCUCUCUCUAAAAUUGGGUAACAUUGGAUCUCAUUUACCUCACAUUGUUGAUGUUGAUUGGGAAAUUGACUGUUUGAUUAAAUCAAGUGCUUUGGACUUAUCACAAGGGCCACUGUUCAAAGUAAAGUUUAUUACUGAAACUUUUGAUGCUGAAAGUCAAAUUAAUAAAUUGGAAGAUUUUGUUUUUUGGUGUACUACUUUAGAAAUGCAAGAUUUGGUUUAUAAGUUGGAGGAUGCACUGCGACAUUGCCAAAAAAUAGGCACUAACCAUUGAUUUAUUGCACUUGCUUUAAUUCUUAUACCUAUAUAUAAACAUACUUUAAUCUGGUUAAUAAAAUUGAUCACAUUUUUAUCCUA